AUGGGCUCCUGUGGCUUGCUAUUCCCGCUGCUCUGCGUCCUUGCCUUGUUUCCGUUUAGCUAUGGCUCCGCUCAGGAAAGUUCAGUAUUCACGUUCAAGCUUCGCCAUCAGCAUACAGUUUCAGCAGAUAACCGGCCUAGCACUUUCGGCUCUUACAAGCAGUGGCUGGAGAGGCAGACACAGUCUCGAGCAGCGGUUAUUUUGAGGCGCAUUCGUAAGAGAGCUGCGACCUCUGGAUCUAGGAAGCUUCAGGAAGGGGGUCAGGAAUCAACUCUUCCGAUCAAUGGAGGCGUUGAGCAACUGGGGACCUAUUACGUUACACUGCAGCUGGGUUCUCAGAAGGAAUCAUUGAACACCAUCAUUGACACUGGAAGCGACCUGUUGUGGGUCAGGUGUACUGGCUGCGUAAACUGUCCGCGAGAUACAAGAGCUCGUUCAUUCAAUGCUCAGCAGUCAGCGACUCGUCAGAGAAUCGAUUGUGCUGAGUGCAAAGCGAUCAACGAGACAACCUGCGCUGGCCCAUAUCGAGCAGGGUGUGGGAUUGGUUGCACAAGGCUGGGGGUUCGAGGUCGCUGCAUUGCUGGAUGCGGGCCGAACGGCACAAGUCGCUGCAAUUAUGCUGUCAUAUAUGGUGAUGGAAGCUACACGGGUGGAGUUGUGAUGCGUGAUGUGUUAACUCUCCCAGGCCGACCAGCAGAGAUAUCAGCACCGGUUGCCUUUGGUUGUGACUUCCAUGAGGCCCCAGGGCUUCUCAAGGAUCCCUUGAUUGGUCUGAUUGGCCUUGGCCAAAGCCCUCUUUCCAUUCCGUCACAGCUAGUGCAAGCCGGAAUUCUCCAGGGGAAUAUAAUCUCCCAUUGUUUGGGUGGGGAGGAUGGGGGCGGAUUCAUAACUUUUGGCCCACCUCCUAUGGCUGACUCGAGCAUGCAGUUUGUGCCUCUGGGGAAUGACACCACGGUGUACAAUGUGACGAUAUUUGGUAUUCAAGUGAAUGGGGUGGAUUUACAAAUCCCUGCUGGCACAUUUUUUGGAACUGGUGGCAUCAUUGAUAGCGGCAGCACUGCGCUCACGCUCCCAGAAGCAGCGUACACUCCUCUGAGAGAAGCAGUAAUCCAAGCUGUUGAUGGGAAAGCUCAAAGGCUUUCUCAGGAGGAAAUCAACCAGCUGGCUGGUGGGAACGUCGCAUCGGUUUUGAAUCUGUGCUACAAUGUUUCUUCAAGCGAUACGGCGACGCUGCAGUCUGCAUUCCCAACAGUGGCAAUUGUGAUGGAUGGUGCCAACCUGGAGUUACCACCCCAGAACUACCUAUGGCUUUUUGACAAUUUGGUAUGUUUCUGUGUGUACGACUCAAACAGUGUGGUGGGUCAACCCAUCACCAUAAUUGGAGAUGUAGCUAUGCGUAACAAGUUGGUUGUGUACGAUAGAGGGGCACGAAAGAUGGGAUUUCAGACACUCGAUUGCAAAUCUUCCUAA